CAGCAUUCUCUCCACGUUGAGUUCAAGAGAAGCCCGACGAGGGCAACAGGGGAGCGGAUUACUUCACCGGACAGCACUGCACAGACUCACUGACGUGGAACCAUGCCUCUGCGGUUGGACAUCAAGCGGAAGCUGUCUGCUCGCUCAGACCGGGUGAAGAGCACCGACCUGCACCCCACCGAGCCCUGGAUGGUGGCGAGUCUGUACAGCGGCACCGUGGUGGUGUGGAACCACGAGACACAGAUGAUGGUGAAAACCUUCGAGCUGUGUGAUCUGCCCGUCAGAGUGGCCAAGUUUGUAGCCAGGAAACACUGGGUCAUCGCCGGAGCAGAUGAUAUGCAGAUCCGUGUGUUUAAUUACAACACCCUGGAGCGAGUUCACAUGUUCGAGGCUCACUCCGACUACAUCCGCUGUAUCGUGGUGCAUCCAUCCCAGCCCUACAUCCUCACCAGCAGCGAUGAUAUGCUGAUCAAGCUGUGGGACUGGGAGAGGAAGUGGACGUGCAGUCAGGUGUUUGAGGGACACACUCACUACGUCAUGCAGAUCGUCAUCAACCCCAAAGACAACAACCAGUUUGCCAGCGCCUCUCUGGACCGAACUAUCAAGGUGUGGCAGCUCGGCUCCAAGACCCCCAACUUCACUCUGGAGGGCCACGAGAAGGGCGUGAACUGCAUCGAUUAUUACAACGGAGGAGACAAGCCCUACCUGAUAUCGGGCGCUGACGACCGCCUGGUCAAGAUCUGGGACUAUCAGAACAAAACCUGUGUUCAGACGUUGGAGGGUCACGCCCAGAAUGUGACCUGCGUGUGUUUCCACCCCGAGCUGCCAAUCAUCCUCACCGGCUCCGAGGACGGCACUGUUAGAGUGUGGCACUCCAACACCUACCGGCUGGAAAACACCCUGAACUACGGCAUGGAGCGGGUGUGGUGUAUCUCUGGCCAGGCGGGCUCCAACAGUGUGGCUCUGGGCUACGACGAAGGCAGCAUCAUCAUCAAGCUGGGGCGGGAGGAGCCGGCCAUGUCCAUGGACUCCAGCGGGAAGGUGAUGUGGGCGCGCCACUCCGAAGUGCAGCAGGCCAACCUGAAGACCAUGGGGGAGACGGAGAUCAGAGACGGGGAGAGGCUGUCCCUGGGCGUCAAAGACAUGGGCAGCUGCGAGAUCUUCCCCCAGACCAUCCAGCACAGCCCCAACGGGAGAUUUGUAGUGGUGUGUGGAGACGGAGAGUAUAUCAUCUACACCGCCAUGGCUCUGAGGAACAAGAGCUUCGGCUCUGCUCAGGAGUUCGUCUGGGCCCACGACUCCUCACAGUAUGCAGUGAGAGAGAGCAGCAGCAUGAUCAAAAUCUUUAAGAACUUCAAAGAGAAGAAGGCCUUUAAACCAGACUUUGGAGCUGAAGGUGUGUUUGGUGGCUUCUUGCUGGGCGUGAGGUCAAACAGCGGCCUGGCCUUCUACGACUGGGAUAACACUGAGCUGAUCCGCCGUAUCGAGAUCCAGCCCAAACAGAUCUUCUGGUCGGACUCCGGGGAGCUGGUUUGCAUCGGUACGGAUGAGUCCUUCUUUGUGCUGCGUUACCUACCAGAGAGAGUGGCAGCCGCACAGGAGAGCAAGGAAGACGUGACAGAGGACGGGAUAGAGGGCGCCUUCGAGGUGCUGGGGGAGGUCUCUGAGGUGGUGAAGACGGGGGUGUGGGUGGGAGACUGCUUCAUCUACACUAGCUCUCUGAACAGACUCAACUACUAUGUUGGAGGAGAGAUCAUCACCAUUGCGCACCUGGACAGGACCAUGUAUCUGCUGGGCUACAUCCCCAAGGACGACCGUCUGUACCUGGGGGACAAGGAGCUGAACGUCAUCAGCUACGCCCUGCUGCUGUCCGUGCUGGAGUACCAGACGGCCGUCAUGAGGCGGGACUUCAGCACGGCCGACAAGGUGUUGCCCACAAUUCCCAAGGAGCAGAGGACCAGGGUAGCCAACUUUUUGGAGAAACAGGGCUUCAAACAGCAGGCUCUCGCCGUGUCCACGGACCCCGAACACAAGUUUGAACUGGCCCUGCAACUGGGAGACCUCAAGAUAGCCCAACAACUGGCCUCCGAGGCAGAGUCGGAGCAGAAAUGGAAGCAGUUGGCGGAGCUCGCGACUACAAAGUGCCAGUUUGGCUUGGCUCAGGAGUGUCUGCACAACGCACAGGAUUAUGGGGGAUUAUUGCUGCUGGCCACCGCCUCGGGCAAUGCCAACAUGGUUGGCAAAUUAGCCGAGGGGGCGGAGAGGGACGGGAAGACCAACGUAGCCUUCCUCACGUACUUCCUGCAGGGAAGAUUGGACAAAUGUCUGGACCUUCUCAUCGCAACAGAUCGGUUGCCAGAGGCUGCUUUCCUGGCACGAACAUAUCUGCCCAGCCAUGUGUCGAGGGUGGUGAAGCUGUGGAAGCAGAGCCUCUCCAAGGUCAACCAGAAGGCAGCAGAUGCUCUGGCUGACCCCUCCCAGUACAGCAACCUUUUCCCUGGCCUCCAGCAGGCCCUGCUGGCCGAGGAGUUCCUGAAGGACACUCAUGUGGGGAUCAGGCCGGCUGCAGAAUACCCGCUCAUCAUGCCCAAUGAGGACCGUAAUGUUCUGGAGGAAUCUGCAGGGUUUGAGUCCAAAGGAGAGAUCACUCAGCCUGAGGGAGAGGUGGAAAGCCUGAAUGAACCCAUGAUGGUAGCAGCAGUGAUGGAGGCUGUGCAUGCAGAAGCCGCCGUAAUGGAGGAGCCCAUUCCAGUAAAGCAGGAGCUUAUUGAACCGGUUCCAGCACCAGAAGAAGAAUCCAUCCCAACAUCAGCAUCCCCUCUUCCUGUCACUCUAACAGAGGAGCAUGUUGAGCCAAAACAAGCAGAGUCUUCUGAGGAGGUGAUCAUCUCCAAACCAGAGGAAGACAUUUUGGACUUCACCACAGAGAUCCCCCCCACAGAGCCACAGGUGGUACGACCCAAUCCUGUGGAAGAUGUCACUCCAUCAGUGGAGACAGAUGUUCAGGAAAUGUCUCCAGAAACCGAUGCCGUGCAAGUAUCUGAGACUCUUCUAAUCGAGACAACAUCAGAAACCAUCGUGGCAACAGAAGAAAUUGAGACGGUGGCAACAGAAACCAUGGCAACAGAGGAUGUCCUGGUGAGCACUGGGCUGAUCGUUGACACUGAAGUAAUAGAAACUGGUAUCGAAGAACCGGAAACACCUUUAAUCUCCUUAGAAGCAGCAACCCUCCCAGAACCAGCAGCAGAGGAGACUCCUGUUACUGAAGAACCUGUUUCAGAACCAGCAGCAGGACAGACUCGUGUUUCAGAGGAGCUUCUUAUAGAUACAGCAGCAGAGGAAACUCCUGUUACACAACAACUAGUUUCAGAAACGUCAGCAUCACUCGUAGCGGUGGAGGAGCUCAUCUCCUUUGAAAGCACCGCCAGGCCAGAGCUGGACGUGCCUGUCCAAGUUCAAGCCUUUCCAGAUUUGGCCUUUGAUCCGCUGCUAGAUCCACUUGGUGAUGCAAUGCCAGCUUUGAAGCCAGUCCCCGCACAAGAACCAGAACAAGAGGAAGAUGUGAUUGAAGUCCCAGUGAAGCUGGAGGAGAACCUGGAGCCGGCUGCGCCUCCACGGGCUGAUGCAGAGCUUUUACCCCCAGUAGCAGCUCCUGUAGAGGGGAAAGCUGCAGCAGAGGAGGAGGCCGGUCCUGAGGAACCUGCAGUGGACCUCGAGGAUGAUAUGAUUGAUGAGGGUCUGGAUGAUCUGGACCUGGAUAAUUUUGACCUGGAGGAUCUGGACACCACGGACGUCAACCUGGAUGAGGAUUUCUUGAGUGAUUAGGAAGGGGAAAUCGUCCGCGAUCCAACACUUGUUUUUCUUUCUCUCAGUGACCAAAGAACUCAAAGGGUUAUAGGAGACCAUGAUAAGCAGCAGACUAACAUGCCUUUAACCUUAAAUAACAAGCAUUGUGAACUGAUAUAGUAUAAGAUGUUCUGCUCUCUGUAACAUCUUGGAACUGUGAGGACUACAUUUUUAAAUAUUACGUCUCUAAGAAGGCUGGUUUGAGUGUGAGACCAAACUCAUGGAGUUCUUUCAUAGAAAUAAUCAAGGAAAAUGGAGGGACUCAAACGUGUAAAACGGGAAAUGGGGAUGAGGAGUAGAAAGGUGUUUAGAAAUAAGGGAUGCAUUGAAGCCGGUUUAAAAAUAUCGAGCUCAGUCUGUUGAUGAUCUUUUUUACACUACACAUUUUCUAUUUAGAUAAUACUGCAAUAAUCAUGAUAGCGUCUCAAAACACAUAUUUAAGUAUCGAUGGGUUUUUGAGAUCUGCACCAGCAUUACAGUAAUGUUACUCUCUUCAUACCUCAGAGCACUACUGUGGAUCAGGGUGUUAUCCAAGCCAUAGAGCAGGUUGAAACACUGCCUUCAUUCUUGAAGUUAAACUAGGUUUGGGUAUUCAGAGCGUUAUUUUUAGAUGAUGUGUAAUUUUGUAAAUGGUAAACAAACAUGUAAUUUUGACAAAUCCCCCAUUUGGUUAUAGUCCGUGUCUUUAUUACCUCCUGGUUUAUGUUUACUUCACACCUUGUAUCAACACGUACUGCUGCUUCUAGUUUAUCAGAUAAACUCCAGUAUGUUUCGGUUGUAAGUGCCUUACAUCUGUACUUUUUUAUAGAGGGUGUUUUCCCUUUUCCUGUUUUAAAAAAAGAUGGAUGGUACUGUGUAUCUAUAGUGGACAUUUGAAUAAAUAAGAUUAUAGCAAUAAA